GUCGAUGCAUGACGACGAGCGUCAAUGACACAAAAUUUGCAACGAUGACUGCGACUGCAACGAUCAUUGUAACCUACUGCAACGAUGAGGAUUGUAACAGAAAAAGUUUGCAACGAAAACGUCUUCCUUGCAGCGCGUUCCUUUCAAUUCCCCCUUUGGGCUCAAGGCGGGUCUGGGGUUGGGGAACUCCAAACUCCCCGCUCUCCGCUCUCCAUGGCUUUUUGCCACAAUGCAGUGAUAGUGCUCGUUGGCCUUCUUGGCCUCCCAGCACCUUCUUUCGCCCUGAAGGUUGGCAUCCACUGGCAGAGCUCGAGUUUUACGUCACCAGGAGAGCCACAGAGGUAUUUGAUUGCCAGCUUUCCAAAGGAUUCGAAGAUUAGCUACGCAAGGCUUCCAGAUCCGACUUGGCGGCCGCUGGUCAUUCGCAAUCUGUCGAAUCCAUCCGUGCUUGCGGUGGACGAGCAAAACAGACGGCUCUUUGUUGCUGACCAAACUGCGAACCAGAUCUGGUGGUAUCAACUUCAGGUGUCGGAGCCCAGCAAGUUCUUGAUGACGGAUGGUGUACAGCGGGUGGCCGUCACAAAUAUUGUGGCCAAGGGCCUUGCAGUGAGCCAGGCCGGAGAUCUAUUCAUUGCUGGACGUGUUCUCGCAGUCGGGCAAGGUGGGCGAAGUGCCAUCUACAAGCAGGAGGCAGCAGCUUUUGAAUUGGGCGAGGUGCCGUCCCCACAACAGCUUUGGACUGCAGGUGAUGGCAGUUGGCUUCCAAAGAUACUUGAGACGGGUCAGCCUUCCAUGUCAGAGCCAAUGAGUCCAUCCACUCCUGAAAUCUACCAGCCUGGUGCUGUAGCGAUUGAUAUGUUCACAGUAUAUUGGGGCAACAUGAUCAAAGGCAAUGCCAGUGCCCUUGCCUCAGGCCCGGCCACCGUUCCAAUGCCUCGACCCGGUGCUGCGGCACCGAAACUCAAGGCUGGAGCUCGAGCACUGGCCAACAGCUUUGAGUCUGUGACAGGCCUUGCCAUGACCUCGGCUGGUAUGUUCUUCGCCGGUCGGCCAACAGAGGGCCUUCCUGGGAUCUUUGCUUUGCCAAAUCGGGAUGUCAGCUCUGGGUGCAGUGAGGAUGACCAUUGCGUCCGGCGUGUGGCACAGAUUGGGAAUCCCUUAUCUUUAUGUUGGGAUGGUGACUCCACACUCUUCAUAGCCGAUGGCGGUCGUGGAGCAGUUGUGUCCCUGCCAUCAGCAACAGCCUCCCGACAUGAUGUGGAGAAGGUGGCAGAUGCACGGGGUGUGCGAGCUGUUGCAAUACUGUCCGUCCCAAAUGCAGCGACUCAGAUGACAUCUCUAUGGAUGGCGGUGGUGCUUUCUAUAGCUAGUCUUUGGUGAGCAGUGAGCCAAACCGCGAGCUAUGCAGGAACAAAAAGAUCCGUUCAAUCGGUUCGCUCUGCUUUGCUCACACCACUGGGUCAUACCCAAAC